AUGUUACCGUACAAGUCAAUGGAAAUGAAAGAUAUCAUAGCUCACGUGAUGGACAAAAGACGAGAAACUUUUGACGCCUUCGAUCUUGACCAUUGCAAUGAUCAAGCGCCUAUUAUCAAAGGUUUUAUGAGAAUAAUCAAGAGUGCCUGGGCACAUGAGCGAGAACAACGACUUACCAUAAAGGAUAUAUAUCAAGAACUUGAUGAUUUGGUUCGAAUUCAUUCGCGUCGAAUACACCCAAAAAGGUCUUCCAGUUAUAUGUCACAAUCCGAACUUUCCACAAAUGACGAUUCCAAAUCAAAAACUUCAUCAGUUAACGAAUGCGAAGAUGAGGUGUUUGCGCUUGAACCAAUACUGUCACUUGAUGAAGCUAUAAAUGCUCACAAACGUGGAGAAAAAGAAAAAGCGUGGAAAUGCUUUGAGAUUCACGCAACAAUUGGUGAUCCGGUAGCGAUUUAUUGGAAGGCGUAUUAUUAUUCACAAGGUUAUGUCGUGGAAAAGAAUAUCAGUGAAGCCUUUAAACUUUAUAAGAAAGCAGCUGAUUCCAACGUACCUGAAGCCCAAUUUCAUUAUGCGAACGUUCUAUUAAGUAUGAAAAAACCAGAGUUUAUAAAUUAUCUCAUGAAAGCUGCUGACAAUGGUUAUGCUAUGGCUCAAUAUACCCUGGGUAACCUUUAUUUAAAUGGUCUUGAGGGUAUAGAGACAAAUAGAGAGAAAGGUUUACGAUACUUGGAAUCAGCUGCUUUACAAAACCAUUCGGAUGCAAUUAAGGAUCUAAAAAAAUUAAGUCCUGGUCUACUAGUAACCGCAGUAUAA